UUGUAUUUUUCUGUGUUUACUUAUUUCCCAGCCCCAGCAUCAAAAGAAAACAUUGAAUUUUCCCGUGUGCAACGUUUUCAUCUGGAAAAACUGCAUUGAUCAAUUACAACUCUCUAUAGGUCUUGUUAUGGACCCUUUUGUAAUUAUAAAUGGGGAACAAUGGGAUAUACUUUAUUGUUGCGUCUGUCUCACAUCUUUAGAUAAAGUAAAACCUCCAGCUUUGAGUAUAGAGAUGAAGGAAAACUUCGAACUUGGUGAAAGACUGGAAUCUGUUUAUCCUUUACUGGAUAUCAUAUUCGAAUAUUUGAAUGAUAAAGAUUUAGAUAACGUUAUGAAUGUGAAAAAAUCAUGGGGAUCGAUUGCUGAAAGGCUUCUUAAAAAGAGGUCCCAGCCUUGUUGGGUGACAUGCUACCAAGAUCGUGGAAAUGUUUUUUUUAAAGACAGUGGUAAUUUACAUUUCAACAAUGCAAGUGCUGCAAUUGUUUUAUUCGGGAGACAUUACAAUCUGAAUGAAUACAUUUCUUUACAUGAAGACACAAACACUUUUCAGCAAAUGAAAUUUGUAGAAUAUUUUAAUAAGGAGAUAAUAAGCAGAAACAUAAGUUUUUGCAUAUUAACAUGCCCAAAGGUUGUCUCAUAUUUCUCUCAAGAUGUAGAAAACAGAUAUGGAUCAAUUUUUGAUACGUUGUUUCUGCCUGUCAUACCUGGAAUAAGAACUACUAUGUUUUACUGCAAUUUUUCCAAACUAAAGAAAAACCCAGGUCUCUUGGAAAAACAUAUUAAACCAAGUGAGGAAGUCAAAUGUCUCCUUCUCUUCGAUGAAUAUGAUAUACGAAGCUCUGUUGAUCAUUUGUUCAAGAUUAUUCUGAAGGAAACUAAACCAGAAGAAUUAGCACUUGGAGGCGGGCUUAUCCAUGGUAUAGACGCUUUCAACAAACAAAAGGAAAUUCCUGAGAUAACUCGAAACAAAAAUGAAACGUUCUGCAUAGCGUUCACAAAAGAACGGGGUACGGAACCAAAUUUUAAUGCUGCUUCAUUUGUUAUAAGAGGUAGUGAGCUCACUGAAGAAGAACUGAAUGAAGAACUGCUGAAGUUCAAAAAGAACAUCAUUAUGAGGAGUAAUAGCAUUGCUUUAAGAGUAUGCUGCCAAGCAAAAAAAGGAAAAAAGAAGGAAUCCCUCAUAUUCAAUGCUCAUUUCCCAAAUACUUCACUACUUGGUUUAGAAGCAGCUGGAGAGAUAGGUUGGAACUGUUUCAACCUACCACAUGCAGAAGUUCCAGAACCUGUUGAGAGCAAACCAAAGAAGUCCAAAAAACACUACCCGAAGUUCCAACAUGAAUGGUCAACAGUUUUUGUUGUGAUUACCUGGGGUGAUAUUGUUGAAAUGUGAUUUAUUUAAUUUUAUUGAUGUACAAGAUGUUGAGAUUAUUAUAUCCAUACUAAUAUUUUCUGCUGCUAAACUUGAGAUAUAUUGAUGUAUUUGAUGGAGAAAUAAAAUGAUAUUUGUUCAA